UGGCUUUGUAACUUUUGAGAAUGAAGACGUGGUGGAAAAAGUCUGCGAAAUUCAUUUUCAUGAAAUCAAUAAUAAAAUGGUGGAAUGUAAGAAAGCACAACCUAAAGAAGUGAUGUUUCCACCAGGGACGAGAGGUAGAGCUCGUGGAUUACCAUAUACCAUGGAUGCUUUUAUGCUUGGAAUGGGAAUGUUGGGUUACCCAAAUUUUGUCGCAACCUAUGGCCGAGGAUAUCCUGGAUUUGCCCCCAGUUACAGUUAUCAGUUUCCAGUGCUUUCCGUGGGAUCUUCAAUCAAACCCAGUUACCCAGGUUUUCCAGCAGCGGCCUACGGACCAGUAGCGGCAGCAGCGGUGGCAGCAGCCAGAGGAUCAGGGAUCCCCGAUUAUGGUUUCUAUUCUCCGCCCGGUGACCAACGGGCUCCAUUAUCGUAUGCGGACUAUGAUUCCAUGGGGCCUCGGGUGGCUCAGAUGCUUCGUAGCGAGCACCCUGCUUCAGCGAGUAACUCCCCCCUCCACCACCUUCCCAGCCCGGAUCAGUUUAAAAGCCCAGUCUUGAAUAGCUACAGUGCUCAACCGAAUUUUGGCGCACCCGCUUCCCCGGCAGGCUCCAAUCCAGCCCGGCCCGGAGGAUUUCCAGGGGCAAACAGCCCGGGUCCAGUUGCAGACCUCUACGGUACAGCCAGUCAAGACUCCGGUGUGGGUAACUACAUAAGUGCUGCCAGCCCUCAGCCUGGCUCUGGCUUUGGGCAUGGAAUUGCUAGUAUAUCUGGAUGUCCAGGCAAGACAGGGCGAAGUUUCUGAAUGGUUCCAUGUUUAGGUGACACGUCUUCAGACUUUGACCAUUGCACCAUCAUCAGUAACCCACACAAACUGGAGGUGGCACUCAGUGGAUUUGGGUUGUCCAAAAUCGGUAUCAUCUCAUGAACCUGCUGUACUAUAUAGAACAACAGCUUUUUAAAACAAAUGUGUAUAUAUAUAAUCCAUUUUUGUUCAUGUUAUUAUUUUUCUUGAUGUUUUUUUCCCCUUUGAGAUCUAUUUUAAUCACUUUUUUGUAGUAUUUUGACAUAGGCUUAUAAUCAAAGUAGAUCUGCUACUUUGUGUAUUUAGGAAAACCCUAACCAUACUCUAACUCUAUAUCUUAAAGGUUUCUUUGCUUUGCUUUUUAAUCCCUUUCCCUAUUUCUUUCUUCUUAUAUAUUUUUGUUGCUGAAAUGGUAACAUGAUUUUCAGUUUAUUGGUACCAAUUCUGAAGUUGAAAGGCUUUUUCAGGUGGAAUUUAGCACACGCUGAAUUUAGAAUUAGAGCAAGCAAGAAAAGUAAGUGGAAAUACUCUCUUUUAUGCUGGAUGGGAAAUAGGAGGCUGGCUCAGUAGCAGGAUCUCUAGCAGUUCUUUUUAUUAGUUAACCUAAUUAUAUCUAUUUUCGGCAAUAAAGUAAGGACUACAAAGUUUUUUGGGUCCUUUUUCUAUAAGUGCAUUUUUUUUGUUGUUAAAAAAGAGGCGAUAAGGUUUUUUGAAAUUGUGAAAUCUAAAAAUAGUAAUACUGUAAAUACAAUUCCAUUAACUUGCAUAUAAACUAUUAAAAAAGAGAAAUUGUAAUAUUUUUGUGAUGGAGUCAGAUUAAGGCAGUUUCUGUACUGAAUGGAAGAAAAAGAUUAAAAUUAGGGGCACACAUCCCAACAGAAUCUUCUCUCCUGCAAGUUCUUUUAUACGAAUGGGAAGCGUGUGAGGGCAUUGAGGUCCUUGCCCAGUUCCCAUUUUUCUCGCCAGCGCACGCAGGGAACAUUUCCGCUGGAUUGUGCCCCAAUGUUUUUAAACUUGUGAGAUCGACUGCCAGAGCUGGCCCGUAGCAGUUAGAUCAACACUGUUUAGCUUGCUCUGUAGAUGUUAGACCUUAUAACUGUACUAGCGUCAUACCAGCAUAUUAACUAGACCUCUGUGCACAGCUUUUAAAGUAACAGUCUAGUUACAUUUUUAAGUUAAAAAAAAAACUGCUUUUCCCAAGAUUGAAAAAGCUACAUUUUUAAUAUUUAAAAAGGUAUUUAAAGUUUCAAGCACACUUUUUUUAACCAUUUAGAUCACCUGACUGUCCAUCCAUCUCCGCCAGCCCCAUUGCCUGCAGCCCUCGCACCAAGCCAGUCUUGACGUCUUGGAAGCUCCCAGCUGUGGGGAGGGGCAGAUAAAGCAUGCAUCUUCUCACCUUUUACCCAUCUUUUUUCCAUUCUUUUCUAAUUCACAAAUUAGAAAAAGCAAAGGUUUAUUUUAAACAAAUCGUUACGAAUACCUCAGUGCUACAAGUUUGUCACCCUAGACGCAAGAGAAGCUUAAUUUAUUGUAGAUGAAAACAGAUUUGAAAAAAAAAAUGUAUAAAAACAUCAUUGCACUGUGACUGGUAGGGGAAAACUGACAAUUUCCGAUUUGCACAUGUUUAAUGUUUGGCUGUUAUAUAUAUGGUCCUCUGCUGGGGAGGAGACUUAUGAAGGAUAUUUUUUAAUUUAAUUUUUUAAAUAUGGGUCAAAUAGGCUGGCAACAGCAACUCCAAGUACAACACAGUAGGUGAUAUUACAAGCAUAACUAUAGUGUGGAUAUAUUCUUUUUUUAAGCAUUAAUAUUGACAAGUUUUAUUAAUAUUUUUUUAAAUUGUUACGUUUAUAAAUUUGGUACUCUAGGUACAGCCAGAAUAAGACACUGAAUGAGACAUUUGUUAAGAGAAAAAAAAAAGCUGCUGCACUCCUAUUUUUGUAAAAUUUUACUAACCAGUAGGCUAACAUAGAUGUUCAAUAGACAAGUUAGAGCAAAGCAUCUUCGAUCACUCACAGAGGCACCAUAAUGCGAACUGUAAGGAGGAGGAGAAGAAUCCUAUUCCCCCAUUUUUAAAAUAGACAGCAAAAAUAAGAUGUUUUGCUGGAGGGGGAUGGCUGUUGUAGGUUUUAAGUUUUUAUUUUCUUAUUUGAAAACAACCAGGUUUAAAAGCCAGAAUGCUGGACGCUUUUUAAAGAUAUUGAGACUUGAUCAAGUAGUACACUAAAAAUAAUAAAAAUGAAAUAAAAUAAUAGAAGGAAUUAAUCCCAAACUAAUUCCCUGAAACUUGAGUGUGUUUUUACAAAAAAAAGAAAAAAAAGAGCGAGAAAAAAAAAAGAAAAAGUCAGGGAUUUUUUUUUAUUAUUAUUACACUUUAAUCAAGAUAGGUACCAUCCAUGUGCAGCCUAUCAGGAGUUCCUGGGGGUGAAUUUCCUUUUAAACGAUGGAGCUCUCUUUGAUUUUCAUGGAGCUUCCCUGGUGGAGUUUCUGGGAACGUGUGCCUGUACUGUAGACUAUCAUGUGUUCCUCCUCCUCCUCCUCCCUCAGUCCCUGGCACCUCAUAGAAGAUUCUUUGUUGAUCAUUGUUGUAUGUUAAUAAUGUAUAAAAAUGACUAUCUUGUAAGAGUGCUGUCCUGAUUCUAGUGUAGUGACACCCCUCCACACACACCCUUUCUCUUCUCUUCCUCUUCUAGUACAUAUUGUAGUUGUAUUGUAAUUAAGGUUAAAUACAUAGAUGUAGUUAUUCAGAUUUAGGACCAGUAAGGAUAGAACUUUCUCUUAUUUAAGGCAAAAAGAAAUGCUAAUAAUUUGGGGGCAGGUUUUUGUUUUUAUUUAAUUUCGUUUUUUGCUCUUUUUCUUUCUGCUGAUCUCACGUGGUUUCAAACUAACCAAAGGCUUCACAAUGUAGAAAGAAAGAAAGAAAGAAAGAAAGAAAGAAAGAAAGAAAGAAAGAAAGAAAGAA